CAGGAGUGUAGAUUUGGCUGCUCCCUGGUCGAAGCAGUCUGUCCCGCUGUACACGGGAUGACAGCAGAGCCCAUUAUUCUAGUAUUAGUCGCUCAUAAGUUUAAUUACACAGACGAAAGGGCUUGCUCGCAUCUAGGAAGGUUUAUAUGAUGUAACGCUGAAGGUUGGGACGUUCGGAAAUAGUUUAGGGUCGUCUUGUUACGAGCACUUAAUGCUAACUAACAAUUAGCUUGCUAAUGUGCAAUUUAACAUACGUUAUCCGCGAAAGCUUAUUGGUAACCAGUUGGAUGUUGUCCGAUUAAAGAGGCUUGGGAACAUUUAUCAAACAAGGCGGUUGUUGGAAAAGUUUUACUCAGAUUUAGAAAUCAUGGCGUCGAUGUAGUUUGACUGAUUUUGGGCUGUCAACAAGCUCGCUGCUGACGUUAGCUAACCCUGGCUAGCCAGCUAGCUCUCCUGCCACCAUGGCCAAAACAGAGAACGGCCGCCCGUCAGUGGACAUGGGGAGCAUCAGGACGCUCAACAUCAGCCACCUAGAGGAUGAGAGCUCUUUGGGCUCCGACUCAGAGAUCAACGGCUUCACCAGCGAGAGGCAGACCGACAGAUACGGAUUUAUUGGCGGGGCGCAGCAGUAUUCGGAGGAGUCAGCUCAGGACGUGCCCCCGGAGGUGCUCAGGCAACGGGAGGUGAAGUGGCUGGACAUGCUAAGCCAUUGGGACAAGUGGAUGAUCAAGAGGUUCAAUAAGGUGAGACUGCGUUGUCAGAAAGGGAUUCCUCCUGCUCUCAGAGGCCGUGCCUGGCUCUACCUAUCAGGAGGGAAGGUGAAGAGGGAACAGAACCAAGGAAAGUUUCAGGAGCUCGACAGUCAGCCAGGAGACCCGAAAUGGAUCGAUGUGAUUGAGAAAGAUCUUCAUCGACAGUUUCCUUUUCAUGAGAUGUUUGUGUCACGAGGAGGACACGGGCAGCAGGAUCUGUUUCGUGUUCUCAAGGCAUACACUCUGUACACACCGGAGGAGGGGUACUGCCAGGCCCAGGCCCCUAUUGCUGCUGUUUUGCUCAUGCACAUGCCUGCUGAGGAUGCUUUCUGGGGGCUGGUCCAAAUCUGUGAGAAGUAUCUUCCUGGUUACUACAGCCCUGGCUUGGAAGCAAUCCAGUUAGAUGGAGAGAUCCUGUUUGCUCUGCUGCGACGCAGUUCCCCAAUAGCCUUCAGGCACCUGGAGAAACAUAAGAUCGACCCCAUCCUCUACAUGACUGAGUGGUUUAUGUGUGCCUUCUCCAGAACCCUGCCCUGGGCUUCAGUGCUGCGUGUCUGGGACAUGUUUCUGUGUGAUGGAGUCAAAAUCAUUUUCCGUGUGGGUUUGGUGCUGCUUAAGUGCACACUGGGAACUCGUGAGAAGCUGAAGACUUGCCAGGGUCUGUACGAAACCAUGGAGCUCCUCCGGGCUAUCGAUCCUCGGUACAUGCAGGAGGGAUUCCUUGUCCGAGAGAUUCUUGAAGUGCCGGUGACAGCGCGGGACAUCGAGAGGGAGCAUCACUCUCAGGUCAAACGCUGGAAGAAAAACCGCGGAGAGAUGAACUUCAAGCCGGCUCCGAGGAUGCAUGGCGCUCGCCUCAUCAUGCUGGCUGAGCCACCCAGACGCCAGGACCUGAGGCAGAACCCCACCAUCUUACUUGAGGUGCCCGAGCCUCCCCAGCAGCUGAACAAGGGCAAAGAGGAGAGGAAGAGCAAAAAGAAAAAGAGCAUAAAGAAACCCCCUGUCAUGGAGGAGGUCCCAAACCCAUACCCUCUCCACACAGAUCCAUCUCCUCCAUCCUCAGAUCCACCUGCUCCACUUCCAGACAGCAGCCCGAUGCUGGAGACCUCACCAGAAACUAAAAAGGACUCAAAUCACCAGCAGGGAGCACCUUCGCCAGACCUUCCUGCUGCCAAAGAAUCUGCUCUCCAACAAUCCACACAAAGCCUUUGCAGCUCAGAGCAGGAUACAUACCUGUAGCUGUAAAGCUGUGUUGUGUGUGUGCGUACGUGUGCGUGCGUGCGUGCGUGUGUGUGUGUGUGUGUGUGUGUGUGAAAAGCACCAGCACCCUACAGUCAAAAGCCAGCCUUGCCGAUGUCUCCAACUGGCCAGCAUCUUUGUUAUUCUUGUGCUGGACAAUUUUGUUUGUAUUCAUGUUAAACACAAGUUUGCCUAUGAUAUUAUUCAUAUAGUCUAAAAACUUGAGUGCAAAGUGUACAACUACUUAAAUCCUUCUGUUAUUUGGUCACAUCAAGCUGUCAUAUUAGAUGUUUAAUGCUCACUGCAUGUCUUGUCUGUUCAGUUAGUUGUCAAGUUACAAAGUUUUGUCUUUGUGGAUUAACAUAGAACUUGAAGAACAAAAGUAAUGCAGUUUUCACUCAAGCCUAACACUAGUAAUUUAACAGGUAAUACGAUGCAGCACAAAAGCCACUGGUUUCAACUUUGCAAGACAAUACUAGUUUGGUCCACUAGAGGACAGUCUUACACAGCCUUGAUUUGUCACAUUACUAUUUCUAAAGCUGACAACAGUAAUGAGUCACUAUUUGUACUUGCUUGUCAGAGAGAUUUCUCUUGUCUCAGUUAAACUGUUGUGCUGUAAAUAUCUCUUCAGUUAAUCAUCUUCCUGCUGCCGCCUUCCACCAGCAGGUUUCUAAGUUCUUGGGACUUGAGAACACUGGACAUUCCUCUUUGUUUGACACAUUCCUGGGUUUUUAAAUGCUAUUCACUUUGGAAAAGGUCUCUUGCAGGUCUGUGUAAUGUGGGGAGUGUGUGCACGUGCUUCCUAUGAAAACUCGGAACACCUCACCUAUUGGUGCUGACCUUUCUUAUUUGUGUUAUUUGAGAAUCUUAAUCGUAAGAUGCUAGGUCAACUUUUUGUUUUGAAUCUUUAAGUUUUUACUGCUAAAUCUUCCAAAGAAAAACAAGACUGUUCUGAGACUAUCCGUGUUAUUGCUACAGGCCUUUGCUGUGUGCAUGGCCAAUAGGGAUUAUGGGAUUUCCACAUGGGAGAUUUGUAGCUUGGUAAUUACUUAUAUGGAGACCUUCAGGGGUUGUGAUGUUUUCUUUUUUUUAAACACAGCAAUCCAUGUCAGUCCAGCUCUUGUUACUUUUGUCACUAUGUGGAUGUGUGUAAAAAAACAUCGAGUAUUUAUAUAAAUGUCUGAAAAAAUCAAAAACACGCAACCAAGAAAGCAGUGAGGAUUAGGUGAAUGAUGAGCAGUCACAUCUGUGUGCAAUUUCUUGUUCCACAUUUUUCUUUUUGUGUUUAAAAAUACUUUAUAUGCAGAUAUGAUGCGAAAAAAAGUUUAUUUUUAUUCUUUUUCUUAAAACAGUGCUACAUUUGUACUAAGCAGUUAAAGAAAUUGUAGUGCAGACAUCUCUAAAUCAGAGUAGACCUUUACACUAGGGGGGCAAAAAAGAAAUGUUUAAAAUGUGGAGUUUAAAGGAAACCUGUGCCAUCUUUUUUACUUACUCUAAAAACAUAAUGGAUUUUUUUACUUACACUAGGUUUAUACAGGAAAUGUUUGAUUAGCACAGGGCUUGAGGUUUAUAGUUAUGAAAAAUGUUUUUGGUUAUUGCUUGAAACAUUUCUGUUGCACUUUUGAUUGCCAUCUGCCAGUAGUGCAGUGUGCCCUGUUCACCAGCAGAUGGCACACAGGAGUCACUGCUUUGAACCAUCCUUCACUGUGGAUUGCAUGAACCAUUUUUUACAUAUACCCUUGCACCAUUUAUGCCCAGAUGUAAGGGUAAAGUUAACUGUAUAUUUCAAUUACAUUUAUAAACAUGCUACAGCUCAGAUUGACGUUACAGCUCAUAUUUUGAAUAAAGUCUACAAAUCUAUGCAAACAUGAA